AUGGUAGAAUCCGUUCCUCCAGUAAUACACAAUUCAUCUUCGACCUGCAAACAUUUUACUGCACCUGAAUGUCCGCGUAAUCGGCCAGCUUCAGAACCUGUUGAUAAAUCCCAAACACGUACUGUAUCAUCCAAUGCUGAUGAUACAAGAGUUCCGUAUGGCUCGGAGAAGUCCAAAGCACUGAUAGCGUUCGAAUCUGGUCUACCAAUCUUGAUCGAUAAUGGAUCAUUCGAACUUCGUGCUGGAUUCGCUUCUCCAUCAGGUGAAAGCAAUCCAGCAGUGAGCAUGGAAAGUGUCAUUUCGAAAUACAAAGAUCGAAAGAAUCCCGAAAACUUUCUACUUGCCGGUUCAGCUUGUUUUACAGAUGCACAAAGCAGAUCUGCGAUGAAAAGUCCGUUUGACGGAGACGUUGUAACGAAUUUCGAAGUGAUGGAGAACAUCCUGGAUUACACUUUCCUACAAUUAGGAGUCCAAUCAGAAACAGUGGAUCACCCACUGCUCAUGACGGAGACUCUAUGUAAUCCCACUUAUAGCAGAGCAUUGAUGAACGAGCUUUUGUUCGAGAAUUAUCAAGUUCGAUCCGUUUGCUAUGGCUUGGACUCUCUAUUCUCCGCAUUUCAGAACGAUAUUCAUGAUGGAUUGGCGAUAAGCAGUGGUCGCAAUAGCACUACUCUUGUUCCAAUUUUGGAUGGCAAAGGAAUGAUUGAUUUCUCCAAACGAAUGAAUUGGGGAGGACAGCAGGCUGCCGAUUAUCUCUUACGUCUCGUUCAACUUAAAUUUUCCGCAUUUCCCACUCGGGUCACACCAUCACAGGCAAUUUGGAUGCGAGACAAUCUCACACGAAUGUUUGAUGCAGAUGAAGAGUCAUACGAAGAAUUUGUCGGGCGACUGAGCAGGCCUGAAGCACUUGCAAAGGAAGAUCGGGUUGUUCAAUUCCCCUACACAGCAGAGGUAAAGGAAGAAAAGACCCAAGAGGAACUAGAUCAAAUUGCAGAGAGGAAAAGAGAGGCAGGAAGAAGACUGCAAGAACAGACAAAACGGAUACGAUUGGAAAAGUUGAUGCAGAAAGAGAACGAUUUGAAGUAUUACGAAGAUCUGAAAGAAUGGAAAAAUAAAGAGAAGAAAGCGGAGUACCUCAAAAGAUUAGAGCAAGAAGGAUUCUCCGGAGAGAAUGAGCUGGAAUCGACGAUGAAGAAAUUGCAAGAUGCGCUCAAGAAGGCUCGCAGCAAAGAAUUGGGAGAAGAAGAAGGUGAGACAAAAGAGGUACCGACAUUCCCUCUUGCUGAUACCCCAGAUGAUCAACUAGAUGAAGAAGGAAUCAAAGAGAAGCGCAAGCAACGGUUCUUGAGAGCCGGAUACGAGGCCAGAAUACGGGCCAAAGCGGAAAAGGACGAAGAGAAAAGAAUCUUGGAAGCAAAGCUAAAGAAGGAAGAUGACGAAAGAAUCAAUGACCCUCGUGGAUGGGCAGCAAAGAAGAGAAGAGAGUAUGAGGAUACGAUUCAGAGAAUCAAAGAUCGUAAGCGACGAAAAGAAAUGCUGAACGAUCGAAAGAGUCUAGCAGCUCAGCAGAGGAUGAAGAAUAUCACGAGCCUCGCAAGUGACGCUCCUGCUGGAUCUUCUUCCAGGAGAAGGAAGAGAGGCAAUGAAGAAGAUACUUUUGGUGCUGAUGAUGAAGAUUGGAAUCUUUACAGAGAGAUCAAGCCAGACGAAGACUCUGACGUUUCGGAAGAGGAAAAUGCUGCAUUGGAUGCACUAGAGGAAAGAUUGUUGAAGCACGAUUCGACAUUCACACAAGAAGAUACCUACGAUGCACGACUGAAACGUAAGAAUCGUUUGACUUUAACCUUCUUACGCGGGAUGCAUCCUGAAUGGGACAUUGAAGAUGUUGCACAACAAAAUCAAAUUCAUCUGAAUCUCGAAAGGACCCGUGUGCCGGAAGUAUUGUACAAACCAUACCUAGCCGGAGUUGAUCAAGCUGGUUUGGAUGAAGUGACCAGUCUGAUAUUGAGCAAUUUCGAUCUUGAGAAGAGAAAGAGAAUGGCAAAUAAUAUCUUUGUGACUGGUCAACAUACUCUCUAUUCCGGUUUUGAUCAAAGGCUUUAUAAUUCUGUUCGUGCUACUCAACCGAUUGACAUUCCUGUCAGAGUUGUACGAGCAAAGGAUGUCCGAUUCGAUGCUUGGCGUGGAAUGAGAAAAUGGACUCUGGAGAACAAUGAAGAAUUUCUUUCUAGCUCUAUAAAACGUCAAGAAUAUGAAGAAAAGGGUUCAGAGUGGUUCAAGGAACAUCGAUUUAGCGCCACAAUGACAAUUUGA